UUAUAAAACAUUAGUGCGUCUAGUAACUUCCCUCAGCAACAAUGACACGUGCAUCACUGCAUUCACAAUUUGUCUUGUCUGCCGACAGUUUUGUAAAGUGAGCUGGCUUAUUCAUGCUGGUUACUGUUUAAGCCACGUUUGCUUUGAUCGUUUGGUCGUGGAACAUAAGUAUGGGUACUAGAAACGGGUUUGUUACUACGAGUAAAACCGACCUCCCAAUAUUUGCUGUACGACAACGACUUAUAGAGGAGUUUAAGAAAUCAGAAACCAGCAUCGUUAUCGGUGAAACUGCCAGCGGAAAGACAACCCAGAUUCCACAAUUUUUAUACAAUUGUGGCUUGCAUAAAAAUGGGUUAAUAGCAUGUACUCAACCACGCCGAGUGGCUGCAAUCACAAUUGCACAACGUGUUGCACAAGAAAUGGGCACACCAGUGGGUCAGGAAGUUGGAUUCUGUGUUCGGUUUGAAGAUUCUACAAGUUCACAAACUCGCAUUAAGUACAUGACAGAUGGUAUGCUGCUAAGGGAAUCCAUUGGUGACAGACUGCUGAAAAAAUAUUCCAUUAUUAUCCUGGAUGAGGCACACGAAAGAACGAUACAAACAGAUGUACUUUUCGGGGUAGUUAAAUAUGCUCAGGUCCAAAGAAAAGCUGAAAAUCAUAGAAAAUUAAGACUCAUUGUCAUGUCCGCAACCAUGGAUGUUGAUCAUUUUGCAAAAUAUUUCAGUAGUGCCCCAGUUCUUUAUGUGGAGGGUAGACUGCAUCCAAUCAAAAUAAAUUACACUCGUGAAAUCCAGAGCGAUUAUAUUGGCGCUGCAUUAACUACUGUGUUUCAGAUUCACCAAGAAGAGCCUGCCCAAGACGAUAUCCUUGUUUUUCUUACAGGUCAAGAAGAAAUUGAAACAGUUGCGCAAACAAUAAAAGAUCUUCAACUUUCUUUGCCACUCAGUUUACCAAAAUUAAUUGUUUGUCCUUUAUAUGCAUCUCUACCUCAUAGUUUGCAACUGAGAGCCUUUAAAUCUACCCCAGCUGAUUGCAGAAAGGUGGUUCUCUCCACAAACAUUGCAGAAACUUCUGUGACGAUAAGAGGUAUCAAGUUUGUUGUUGAUACUGGAAAAGUAAAAGCGAAAAGUUUUAAUGCCAGUACUCAUUUGGAUAUCUUAUCCGUUCAAUCAAUUUCACAAGCUCAGGCAUGGCAGCGUGCAGGAAGAGCUGGAAGAGAAAGACAUGGAAUUGUUUACAGAUUGUACACAGAGGCACAAUACUUCAAUUUCUCACCCAACACUGUUCCAGAAAUUCAGAGGUGCAAUGUUAGCAAUACUAUUCUCCAAUUACUUGCUAUUGGAAUAAAAGAUAUCCAUGCGUUUGACUUUAUUGACCCACCAUCAAAGGAAUCUAUUUCUUCAGCAUUUAGUGAGCUGACUCUUCUAGGAGCAGUUGUGCAAUCUGGGUCUAAAUUGUAUGAGCUUACUGCACUGGGCCAAAAAAUGUCUGUCUUCCCUCUGGAUCCUAAACUCAGCAAAGCUAUUGUUUGUGCCAUUCCACAAAACUGUGUAGAAGAGAUGCUGAGCUUAGUUUCAAUGUUGUCUGUUGAAAGCGUGCUGUAUACUCCACAAGCAAAGAAGGAUGUCGCACUGGAUGUAAGGCGAAAGUUCACAUCAAAUGAGGGAGAUUUUGUUAUGCUCCUCAACAUAUACAGAGCUUUUAAACAAAGCAAAGGAAGUAAAUCAUGGUGCUUUGAAAACUACAUCAACCAUCGUAACAUGAACGUUGUUUUCGAAAUAAGAAAACAAAUACGAGGACUAUGCCUAAAAGCAAAUGUACCGUUAACUUCCAAUCAGAGAGACAUGAAAGUGUUGCGUCGCUGUGUAGCUCAUGCUCUGUUCACCAACGCAGCUGAACUGCAGACUGAUGGAACAUACAGAGCCAUUGACUCAAAUGAAACUGUUCUAAUUCAUCCUUCAUCAUGUUUAUUUCAAUCUAAACCUUCAUAUGUUGUGUAUCGUGAGUUAAUCCAUACUUCCAAGUGUUACAUGAGGGAUCUUUGUGUGGUAGACCCUGACUGGUUGUAUGAGGCAGCUCCCAAUUACUUUCAAUCUAAAUUGAAAGGAAGAAGAUAAUUUCUUGCUUGUCCCAAAAAAUCAUGCAGUCAGAGAAAUCAUGUUCCCUCUUCCAUUAGACCAAUUUUUACUGCAUGAUCUUGUUUUUAGCGUUUUAUGUUUUCAUUUCUGCUGCCAUAACUGCCUUACAUUUUUAUGAUUUAUUUUAGACUCUUUUUGUUCUGCCUGGCUUAACUGACAUUUGACAAUACACUGUCUCCAAACACAAUAAGAAAUAAAAUAUUUAAUUUACAG